UGUACUUCUCGUAUCUCGACGUCCUAGAUCUUUGUAACUGUUAAGAGAAAAACAAAAACCGUUUUAUGCUUCCUGUCAUAUUAUAGGAUUUUUCCUCCCUUGUCAUAUUAUAUGAUUUUUCCUCUCUGUUAUUCAGUUGCUUCUCCUGCGUCAAAAUUUUUGCCUCCUUGUGCUGACCCCUUCAUUAUAUUUUUGUUUUUGGUUCCUUUAAAUGAUAGUUUCAGUUACCAAACGCAGAUUUUAAACAUUUCUGGAAAAGUUGUCGCUUGAACAUUGCAAAAAACUUCGCCACCCAUGUAGUUAGUUUUUUUGUUUCUUCAAGUAAUUGAAUGGCCAUUGCUUUUAUAUCAGAUUUGAACAUUUUGAUUCAAAUGGGGUGCCUGGUUUAAAGGUCUUACUUCUGAAAUUUCUAAACUUUAGAGGCUUGCUUGGUCUGGGUUUUGAAAUUUAGUGGGUUUUCUUAGAACUUGGACAUUUUAGGUAGUUGAAGUAAUUACAGUUACAGAUACACUUUUCGAUAGGUUUUGAGAUUCACUUCUUGUUUUGAUUGGAUGGGUUUUUGAAUUUGGAAUCCUAUUUUUGAGAAUUGGAUUUUGUUUUAGUAGAAAAGCUUGAACAUUGGGAGAAAAAAAAUCUCCAUAAAAGUAAAGGUUUUUGAGUUUAAAGUAAAUUUUAUUGUCCUGUUUAUGAAAUUUAGGUGUUGGGCGGCUUAUUUUCUUUUUUUUUGAUCAAUAUCGUUUAUCCAUUCAGUUGCCAAUUGUUCCACCUUUGGAGUUCCUGCACUUGGACUUUAUGUUUCCACAUCUGGGGUUGUGAGUUUCAGUUGCUUAGAUCUAAGAGACAGUGGCGAUGAGAGAUUAAGAAGGUUAAAUUGGUAGUUGGGUUUUGCUUUUAAGUCACGAGAUCACGAAACUAUCACAAGAUAGGCGUUGGGUGAAGUUCAGAUUUUCAGUUCUCAGUGUUCUUUCUGUUCGGAGAGUUUCAAUUUGAUCUUAGAAGUCCUUAGAAGUGCUCAAAUUAUAGUUUGAGAGGGAAAGAGAGGGAGGAUUUGAGCAUUUUUUCAUGUUUUUCAAAAUGGGGCCUUCUGCAGCGGUAUGGGAUUGUAGGGCAGCAAAUGAAAUAACAAAGGACUGGAAUGGGAUCGAUCAGGUUGUUCUUCGGAACCCACAAGGGGCUUCGGCACGGGUUAGCUUGCAUGGAGGACAGGUAACUUCUUGGAGGAAUGAGCAUGGGGAAGAACUCCUAUUCACAAGUAGUAAGGCCAUUUUCAAGCCUCCAAAAGCAAUGCGUGGAGGAAUACCCAUUUGUUUCCCAGAGUUUGGAAACUGUGGGUCACUAGAACAACAUGGAUUUGCAAGGAACAAGAUUUGGGCAAUUGAUGAUAAUCCGCCACCUCUGCUCCUGAAUGAUUCCGAUGGGAAAUCCUUCAUUGACCUACUACUUAAACCAUCGGAAGAAGACCUAAAGUGCUGGCCCAAUAGCUUUGAGUUUCGUCUUAGGGUGUCUCUUGCGACAGAUGGAGAUCUGACACUGACCUCACGAAUUCGGAACAUCAAUGGCAAGCCGUUUAGUUUCUCAUUUGGCUAUCACACAUACUUGUCAGUUUCUGACAUAAGUGAAGUAAGAAUAGAAGGGCUGGAGACACUUGACUACCUAGACAAUCUUUGCCGAAGAGAGCGUUUUACAGAACAAGGAGAUGCCAUAACUUUUGAAACCGAGCUGGAUCGAGUUUAUGUUAGUUCUCCUAAUGUAAUCGCAGUCCUUGACCAUGAAAAAAAGCGGACAUACGUAAUAAGAAAGGAAGGACUUCCAGAUGCUGUGGUGUGGAAUCCUUGGGAGAAGAAAUCAAAAGCAAUGGUAGACAUCGGUGAUGAGGAAUACAAACAGAUGGUUUGUGUUGAUGGGGCAGCAAUCGAGAAACCUGUCACUUUGAAGCCAGGGGAGGAAUGGACAGGGCGGUUGCAGCUCUCAGUUGUGCCUUCCAGUUUCUGCAGUGAGCACCUCAAUCUUUAGGAAAUUUGAAGACUCUGCACAAUCACCUUAUCUUCUUUUUUACCAGACCUCCCUGUAGGAAGACCAUAGUUAAUGUUAUAUAAUUACUCAAAAGUUGUAGAAAGAGCCAUCGGAACAGCCUUUGUUUUAUUUGUAUGGCUGCCCAAGGAAGGUGGAAAAGAAUUGUUUUGUAAUCAGUACUCGUUUGUUUUUCUUUUCUGAGAAUAAUAUAUCUUCUUCUUAUUUA